ACACGCGAGUAAUAGCUACGGCGCUCGCGCCACUGAACUGCGUCAGUCGAGUGCACCCAUACUUGUCUGUCACUCGUUUAUUAGUUAUUCGAAGCCUUAAUAAGUGCUACAAGAAAAAUAAACAUUGAAUGGAAAAGUUAAUCGUUAUCCGCAGCCUGGGAUUUUCUGAGAAGAUAAGAACGUAACAAAUAGAAGAAAAUUAAUUUUGAAAUGAUACCAAGAUGGCGACUCAUACUAUCAAAAUUGUUCCUAAUUCCCCAGCGGUACGUCUUGGGCAUCAUGGGCCUGCUGGCCGUGUGCAACGCUUACACGAUGCGGGUGUGCCUCAACCUGGCUGUCACACAGAUGGUCAAGAGCAGCGGCAACAGCAGCGAACACUACGAUCCCAAUGCUUGCCCGGAUGAUAGCGAGAUUAUAGCUAAUGGGACUGUCAGUAGCAAACCUCACGCAAUAUUCGACUGGUCGGAGUCCACUCAAGGGCUGAUACUCAGUGGUUUCUACUACGGAUACGCCGUUACACAUAUCCCCGGGGGAUACUUAGCGGAGAGAUAUGGAGGCAAAUGGACGCUUGGAGUAGGGCUUCUGAGCACCGCCGUGUUUACGCUCUUGACACCUGUAGUGGUCAAGGCAGGGGGUGCGACAUGGUUGUUCAUCCUUCGAGUUUUGCAGGGCAUGGGUGAAGGCCCGACAAUGCCAGCUCUUAUGAUAGUGUUAGCGCGGUGGGUACCGCCGCAUGAGCGAGGGCGCCAAGGCGCCAUCGUGUUCGGGGGCGCCCAGAUUGGAAAUAUCUUUGGCUCCUUCAUGUCCGGCUUCCUUAUGGCUGGAGAUGGGGACUGGGCUAACGUCUUCUACUUUUUCGGAAUUUUCGGCAUCAUAUGGUUCGUGUUUUGGAGCUUGCUAUGCUACAGUACUCCGAAUACGCACCCGUAUAUAUCCGAGGAGGAGCUGAAGUAUCUGAAGGAACAUGUGACCAGCUCGGAGAAGUCCAGCAUACGAGACCCGGUGCCUUGGAAAGCUAUCGUCAGAUCUGUACCAGUCUGGGCUCUGCUGUUUGCUGCUGUUGGCCACGACUGGGGCUAUUACACGAUGGUGACAGACCUGCCCAAGUACAUGACCGACGUACUGAAGUUCAACAUAGCUGCGACGGGUACCCUCACUGCGAUACCAUACCUCGCCAUGUGGAUUAGCUCUUUCAUCUUCGGUCUGGUCUGCGACUAUUGCGUCAAGAAGAACUGGCACACGAUCAAAACGGGACGAAUUAUUCAUACUACUAUUGCCGCCACUGGUCCCGCCAUUUGUAUCAUAUUAGCUUCGUACGCCGGCUGCGACCGGCUGGCAGCUGUGGCUUACUUUAUCGCUUCUAUGGCGCUAAUGGGAGGAUUCUAUAGCGGAAUGAAGGUGAACGCUCUGGACCUGGCGCCGAACUACGCGGGCUCCCUGACGGCUAUGAUAAACGGGACCUCUACGAUCUCCGGCAUCAUCACGCCCUAUUUGAUAGGGCUAUUGACGCCCGAUUCAACGUUGGCUGAAUGGCGCGUCGCGUUCUGGGUGUGCUUCGCUGUGCUGGUCGGCACCAACGUCGUGUACAUCAUCUGGGCGGACGGCAAGCAGCAGUGGUGGGACGACGUGCGGCAGUACGGCUACCCAGACGAUUGGAAACACGGACCUCUGUCCAAAUCCGACACGGACAAGGAGAAGAGCAAAAAAGCUGAAGCUACGUCGUUCUGAAAUGUGAAAACUAUGUUUUUGUAGGCUUCCGUACCCAAAGGGUAAAAACGGGACCCUAUUACUAAGACUCCACUGUCCGUCUGUCUGUCACUAGCCUGUAUCUCAUGAACCGUGAUAGCGAGACAGAUGUAUUUAUGUUGCCGCUAUAAUAACAAAUACUAAAAGGUACGGAACCCUCGGUGGGCGGGUCCGACUCGCACUUGGACGGUUUUUAUUUACACUUUGUAUUUUCAGACUAAUGACGAUUUAUAUAAUUAGUUAUUUAUUAAACAUAGAAUAUAAAAUAAGUGCCGAAUGAGUUUUUUUCAAAAGUAGGUAAUGUAAGUUACUUCUAAGAGUUGUUAAAUUAAUUUUCAUGGAACUUGUUUUAAUUAGAGACGACGGUAUGAUUUAAAAUUUCUACUAACAAUUAUUUUGAGGCUUAUAAUAACUAGGUAUGUAUACAAAUUUAGCUACUUUUCUUGUAAAUAUUAAGUAAGAUUUAUUUCUUUAAUAUUUGAGGACUUCGGUACUUUGAUGCCAUAACUAAAAUGAUGUAUUUAGUAGGUACCUAUAUGUAUCAACCGAUAACUAUGAUAUAAGCGCGAGUCAUUGUAUUUGAUGAUGAUGAUGGAUAACGUAAUCUCUUGACACCGAGUAGAUAAUAUAAUAACUCUGCCGUCAUAGUAGGAAGGAGGACGCAUUUGACAUGAAGUUGGAACAGAGAAAAUAAAUAUAGAAACUCCAAAACUAAAACUUUAGUGUAACUCUUGUGUAACUGUAUAAAAUGACGUAAAAACAUACAGUCAAAAAAGUUUGUGCAAUAAAAAAACUUUAGUACACACAAUAUACUUUAAUGCGUUUCUCCUUUUCAUGUUAGAAAUUUUUAUUUAGAAAAUUACUAGGUACAAAAUAUAAAAGCAUUAAGUGACUAAUAAUAACAAAUGUUUUACGUCUUUUCUACUUGGUUGUAAUUGUAACCUACACUAAAAUUGAAUUGUAUUCACCUAUAAACAGAAUUUAGUAUAAGGUGGCUAGUUAUUGAAGGCUGGCCAGUUAUUGAAACGUUAUACUAAAAUGAAUUCGCUUUAUAGGUGAAUAGAAUUCAUUUUUAGUUUGGGUGGCUAGUUAUUGGCCGGUGGCCAGUUCUGGCGUAUUACCCUAGUUAGGUACCUAAAUAAUGCAUACCCACUGAAUACUUGAUUGUGAAUAAACAAUCGGCCUACAUUCAAUAAACUGAAAUCGCUCAGUUUAAAAUAGUCUAUUAAUUUAUGUGCCAUGCAUUUCUUUACUACCAAACAGAAAUUAUUUUAAUGAGAUACAACAAUGGUAGGCAACUACAAAUAAUUGUUCUUAGUUAUCUAAUUUAUAUGUGUAUUGUACCGAAUUAUUUUUGUAAAUAAUAAUAAAAACUUCAGUGAUUAACUAAUUAACAAAAUUAGGUAACAAUUAUUGAUAUAGUAUAAGAUUUGUACAAUUAUC